AUGCUGGAUAAACUUCUUUCUUUCUUUCUUUCUUUUUUAUCAGCCUCUGAUUUACACGGGCUUUCUUACUUUCUUUUUUCGUGCUUUCUUUCUUUCUUUUUUCUUUCUUUCUUUUUUCUUUCAUUCUUUCUUUUUUUCUUUCUUUCUUUUUUUAUUUCUUUCUGUGUCUUUUAUCAGAUUCUUAUCUACACCGUUUUCUUUCUUUUCGUGUCUUUCUUUUUUUUCUUUCUUUCUUUCUUUUCCUGUAUUUUAUCAGAUUCUUGUCUUUCUUUUUUUGAACAUUCUUUCUUUCUUUUUGUGUCUUUCUUUCUUUCUUUUUUUAUCAGAUUCUUGUAUGUACGGGCUUUCUUUUUUUCUUUUCGUGUCUUUCUUUCUGGUUUUCUUUUCUUUCUUUCUUUCUUUCUUUCUUUCUUUUCCUGUCUUUUAUCAGAUUCUUGUAUAUAUGGGUUUUCUUUCUUUCUUUCUUUCUUUCUUUCUUUCUUUUCCUAUUCUUGUAUAUAUAUGGGUUUUCUUUCUUUCUUUCUUUCUUUCUUUCUUUCUUUUCUUUUUCUUUCUGUUUUAUCAGCCUCUUUGUUUUCAUUAUCUAUCUAUCUAUCUAUCUAUCUAUUUGAGUUUGUUCCUAUCUAUCUAUCUAUCUAUCUAUCUAUCUAUCUAUCUAUCUAUCUAUCUAUCUCUAAAUAUAUCUAUUUGAGGUUUUUCCUUCCUAUCUAUCUAUCUAUCUAUCUAUCUAUCUAUCUAUCUAUCUCUAAAUAUAUCUAUUUGAGGUCCUUCUAUCUAUCUAUCUAUCUAUCUAUCUAUCUAUCUAUCUAUCUAUCUAUCUCUAAAUAUAUCCAUUUGAGGUCCUUCCUAUCUAUCUAUCUAUCUAUCUAUUCAUCUAUCUAUCUAUCUAUCUAUCUAUCUAUCUAUUUGAACUAUCUAUCUAUCUCUAAAUAUAUUGUCCCAUUCUCUAUCUAUCUAUCUAUCUAUCUAUCUAUCAACAUCUAA